CCCUGCGCGGUGGGAGCUGCAUUCGUAUUUCACUGGUGAGGAGACUUAGGCAGAGAGACGAAGCUACUUGUCCAAGGUCACGCAGCUGGUAAGUGGGGGCGCCCAGCAUGGAACCCAGCACUGUCCGGCUGCGGUACCCGCGUUCCACCCUCCGGGCCGCCGCCGCCUCCUGCGGGAGCGGGAGGUGGUCGUCGGGAGCGCGCAUUGCUGGAGCCUCCUGGGCUCCAUACUGGGCGCAACCACUAACCCGGUUAAUGACCUCAGCCUUAACCUCUUCGCCACUCUGGGCCUUGGUUUCUCCAUCUGUGAAAUGAAGUGAUGGCAGCCCUGCCGACCCCCCUCAUAGGCGUGUGAGGAGCUCCCGAGGAGAUAAUGCAUGUGGAGCCGCUUUGUGCACAGCGCUGCUAUGAUUGCUGUUUGGAAGGAGCAGGGCGGGGGAGAGCAGAGCGGUCACCCAAGGUUGCUCUGUCUCCAGGCCUCUCUGGCUGGGGAGUGAGGUUAGGAGGAGAUGGCAGGUCUUUCCCCUUUGGAGGAAACCUCACCCCCUCUUCUGGGCUGCCCCUCAGGGUCUCCGUCACCCAACUCCAUGCUUCGAGUCCUGCUCUCUGCCCAGGCCUCCCCUGCUCGGCUGUCUGGCCUGCUGCUGAUCCCGCCAGUACAGCCCUGCUGUUUGGGGCCCAGCAAGUGGGGGGACCGGCCUCUCGGAGGAGGCCCCCACGUGCAAGGACUGCAGCGGCUUCUGGAACAGGCGAGGAGCCCUGGGGAGCUGCUGCGCUGGCUGGGCCAGAACCCCACCAAGGCUUUCCAUCAGAUGGGCCUCUGGUGUGUGCCCUGGAGCAGGAGCGAAGGUUCCGCCUCCCUCCGAAACCGCCUCCCUCUCUGCAGCCCGUCCUCCGCGGCGGGCAAAGGCUGGAAGCUGCCCUGAGCUGCCCCCGUUUUCUGCGGCAUCCACGGCAGCACCUGAUCAGCAGCCUGGCAGAAGCAAGGCCCGAAGAGCUGACUCCCCACGUGAUGGUGCUCUUGGCCCAACACCUGGCCCGGCACCGGCUGCGGGAGCCCCAGCUUCUGGAAGCCAUUGCCCACUUCCUGGUGGUCCAGGAAGCCCAGCUCAACAGCAAGGUGGUACAGAAGUUGGUGCUGCCCUUUGGGCGGCUGAACUACCUGCCUCUGGAACAGCAGUUUAUGCCCUGCCUUGAGAGGAUCCUGGCUCGGGAGGCAGGGGUGGCACCCCUGGCCACGGUCAACAUCCUGAUGUCACUGUGCCAGCUCCGGUGCCUGCCCUUCAGAGCCCUGCACUUUGUAUUUUCCCCGAGUUUCAUCAACCAUGUCAGUGGCACCCCUCACGCGCUGAUUGUGCGACGCUACCUCUCCCUGCUUGACACGGCCGUGGAGCUGGAGCUCCCGGGAUACCGGGGUCCCCGCCUUCCCCGGAGGCAGCAAGUGCCCAUCUUCCCCCAGCCGCUCAUCACCGACCGUGCCCGCUGCAAGUACAGUCACAAGGACAUAGUAGCAGAGGGGCUGCGCCAGCUGCUGGGGGAGGAGAAAUACCGCCAGGACCUGACCGUGCCUCCAGGCUACUGCACAGACUUCCUGCUGUGUGUCAGCAGCUCCGGUGCUGUGCUUCCUGUCAGGACCCAGGACCCCUUCCUACCUUACCCACCGAGGUCCUGCCCUCAGGGCCAGGCUGCCUCUAACCCCACGACCGGGGACCCUGCCCAGAGGGUGGUGCUGAUGCUGCGGGAACGCUGGCAUUUCUGCCGGGACGGCAGGGUGCUACUGGGCUCCCGGGCCCUGAGGGAGCGGCAUCUGGGCCUUCUGGGCUACCAGCUCCUCCCGCUGCCCUUCGAGGAACUGGAGUCACAGAGAGGCCUGCCCCAGCUCAAGAGCUACCUGAGGCAGAAGCUGCAAGCCUUGGGGCUCCGCUGGGGGCCGGAAGGGGGGUGAGGGAUCACAUGGGGUUCAGGAUGGCCCCCCUAUGGGGGGUAGACAAUUUGCACUUUGGCUCCCUAUGUUUUGGUUUUUCAUUAAAGUCCUUUUCCU